GACCUUUGACCUUUGACGCGCAGCAUCUUUGACUGCUGAGUCACUGGCACACGCUCAUUUGACAGUUGAUGCUAAUGUUGCAAAAUGAACGACCAACACUCAUCAGACAACGUGUACAGUCUUCUUCUUCAUCACGAACUUCGAACUCGGGAGCUUUCCCGAAAGAAGAAAGAACUCAACCAACAAAUCAAAGUUUGCAGAGAUGACAUUGCUGAGAGGAAGGAUUACAUUGAAUCACUUCAAAAAGAUAUCAAGAAAUUCGAGGGAGACAUCACAGAGAAGCAGAGCCGUUUGACUAAAAAUAAAGCAGGUGUUAAGAGCGCCAAGGCAACAAACAGUCUACUUCUUCAGUAUAAGCAGACGCUCAAAAAAGAGCUGGAGAACAGACAAGCCUUCUACAACCAUGAUCUGGUUACCCACGAAGAAAGAAUUGCAGAAUAUAAGAAGAAAUAUCAGCAACAUAAAGACUUUCAUUACAACAGCCCUCUUGCCCAAAAGCUUCUUGCCAUGCAGGCUGAAAAUGAGGAGAUUGAGUCCAGGAUCAAGGCUUGUGAUGAUCAAAUAACAAUGAAACAGAAAGAGCUGUACAUAUUAACUGGUCCAGCAGCCACUUCUUCCCCUGAGAAACCAUCAGAAAGUGUUUCUGGACUGCAGCCUGAAACUGAACCAGAGACACAAGUGGCUCCUCAGGUUGAGGAGGACAGUGAUUCCCCUAUUGACAUCUCUUCUCUCCAUCUCAACCAGACAACAGAUGGUCAAAACAUGGGUGUGGAUGCAAAUGCAGAGGAAACUUUUGAGGAAAACAAAGUCCAGUAUACUACCACAGGAGAGCCUGAACAAAUCUGGCCAGAUCUGAUGCACAGUGAAGAGGAGAACCAGGAAACCAAACUAGAGGACCAGGUCGUGGACCCUCAGUCGGCUUUAUCAGACAUAGAGGCAAUGGAGGAAGAGGAGGAGGUGGAGGAAUGUGUGGCUGAUGAGAAAGAGCAGGCACCAACUGAAGAGGACAUGGACAGACCAACUGCUUUUCCUCAGUUAUCAUCUCAAGAAACUAAUCUCCAGUCUUCCCCAGCAACACUGAAGGCUGCACCAUCAACCCCAACAUUUCCAUUUAACUUUAGCCCUGCCAGAUCCCCACGUCAAGGGACCUCCAAAUCUCCAGCAUUCGUGUUUUCCAUGAACCCUGAUCCCAGCACCCCAGGCUUCUCUGAAUUUGGAUUUGAUGUGGGCUCAUCACAGGAUGAGGACUCAUCUUUUGCUUUCACCAGCCCCUUUUUCAAUGAGAAGAAAACCACAGAAUCAAAGUCCUCAAGUUGCACCGAGUUCCCAUUUGGCCAGCCGGAGCAAAGUCAGGACUUUGAGUUCGCUUUUACAGCAAAGAGCCCUCAGACCACUAAAAAGGAUAAUUCAGCAGAUGAUUUCCCAUUUUCAUUCAACUUUUGAGAGUUUUGUCUAAAGAGAGUUUCAAUGUUGAAAUAUUUUGUUGGUAAGACCAGUUCAUUAAUGUGGUUAAUGCUCUCAUACGUUACUACGUUUUAAAGUAUUCAAAGUUCAAAGCAGGUAUAAAACUUGAUGAAUGUUCAUCGUAACUUUUCCAUGGACUCAUUAUAUAGGGUUCUUAUUUUUUCUGUUGCCAUUUGGUAUUUAUUUGCCUGUUUAACAUCUCCUUGAGUUUAUUACGAAUAGUAAACAUUACUGUUAAAUAUUUUGUUAAUUACAAAGCAAUUUAUUUAAACAAUACAUGAAUUUAAAUGUAUUUAGAGAUUUCCCUUUUUGUGAAACUGCUUAUAAAUGUCUUGUUAAAGGUGCUGUAAUUAAUGACUGAAACACUUUCAGUCCCACACAGUGUAUAAAUAAAAGAAAUUAAAAAAUCCA